AUGCCAGCACCGCUUGCAAAAGGUACAGGCUUCUGCUUUCCUGGUAUCAUAAUCACUGUCUCUGUUCUCGUCGCAGCAGGCAUCGCCGUAUACGAGUCUCCGCAGUUUAAGCAAUGGGUGACUACCUCGCGGCGCAAGAUUGCCUUAGCUCUGCAUAACCUCGGCGAUGAGAUCCAACCACAAGAGUUGACCAGGGAGGACAUUUCUAUGACCGAGGAAGUUGGAGAGGUCGCCGAAGAACGCAGACGAAUUGCUCGUGCGGAGAUUAUGCGACGAAGUACGCUUAUGGAAUCACGGCGCAAGGCCCAGUCAGACCGAUCUCUUGGUAGUUUUGACGCACUCGUCGACAGCGAUGGCAACCUGCGCACACCUAAAGACAAUGCCUCUGGUGCCCAUUCCAGCACAGGAGCUGGCGCUAGCUCGACCGGAGUCGAUAUCGGUACCUCGGGCGCUUUCCGACGAGGAGGUAAACAGAUCCAGGUUGACUCCUCUAACAUGGACCGAGAUCGGCUGCAUCUCGACAUUCCUUCAACUCCUGCUUCAAACGAUCCGUCGGAGUCUAUUGUUCAAUUUACGCCUACUUCCGAAGCACUUGAUCAUGAUAGCCUCUUUGACCCUUUCUCGCCCAGCUCACCCCAAUCCGCCUCUGGCUCCUCUGGCUCGAGCCAUACAGAAGACCACCAGCAGGUGUACUAUGCUCACCCUCAUUCUGCAGUCAACAGUACUUACCAGCAUGAUCUACUUGCGGACUUAGAUGGAUUCGGUCAUGGAGAUGCUCAGUCUGCCCAUGAUGUCUCGGCUGCCCCUUCUACAACUGGAACAUUUAGCCACAUCGGAGGAUUCAACGAUGAAACCUCGGAUGGUACUCUUAGUGAUCUUGGUGGGCGCUCGGUUGGCGGCGCAGCUACUCCUGCAAGCUGGUCUGAGGUUGGAAGUGACACAGAUCACGCUUUUAUUGAUCGUCUUGAUCCGUGUAUCAUCGAAGAUGGCUCAGGUCGAGUCGUCUGGGAUAAUGAGAUCUACAACUUCCUGUCUGAGCCUGUUCCUGAAACUGCCAGCCCGGAGUUAUGGCGACAGGCUCAACUUGUUGCCAAACAAGGCCUUUACAAGGUUGUCGAUGGCAUUUACCAGAUCAGAGGCUUCGAUCUCUCCAAUAUGACGUGUGCAAACGCUGCCCUUGAGAUUUAUCGCAAGAACCGUGGCAACAAAGCCCUGAACGGCAUGCUCUACACGCACUCUAGCGCUGAUCAUUUUGGCGGAGCAGAGGGCAUAUUAUCCAGAAGCGAAGCGUCUCAAGUUCCAGUAAUUGCUCCUCGUGGGUCCCUCGAGCAUGCUCAACGGGACCUCUAUGCCUUUUUGCAUGACCAGACAGUCCGUUUGAUGUACCAAGGACUCACUGGUAUUGAGAUCGCCGAAGACUUCACGCUUCCACCAAAACUCCAGACGGCUUGGCAUACACAAGGCUUCUACGGCUCAGUCAGUCACAACCUCAAGGCAAUCUAUCAACGCUAUAUGACCUGGUCUGACGGUAAUCCAUCUCAUGUGUGGGAACACCCACCAGUUGAAUCUGCGAGACGCUACGUUGAUUGCAUGGGUGGUGCUGAAGAAGUCAUUAAGAAGGCUCAAGGACUCGGCUUCGGCUCCGAGAACGGCCCGUGGCGCAACUUUUACCUGUCUGGUGCUGGUGAGCUACGCGGUCAAACGCUUCAUAAGAAUCUACUCUCCGACCAGACGGAGAUACUAAUGGCUCUGUCUCUUCAUUAG